UUGAGGGCUGAAAGAGUGUGUUUAUACAUGAGUGUGUACUGGAAAGAGAGAGAGCGGGGCAGAGUGUGUGUAUGCGUUUCACACACAAAACCAGAUAUACAUAACUCAGCAGAAGAGGAACAGAGACCAAAAGCUGCUGACAAACACAUUAUAAUGAUACUUUGUAUUUUGUAUUUAAAAGCGUCUGGAUUAUCAAAUCACUGGAUUGUAAAGCAGAGGACGGAGCCUGGAGAUCAUGGAACCUGUGAGUCUGGUCUCAGCACUGGCUAACCAGACAGGGCACAGCAACUCUACCCUGGAGUCUGAUUGGUCAACAAGAUCUUCGGAGUACAGUGAUGCAGAGCUUGUGCUGCUAGGUGUUGCAAUGGCUAUUCUGGUUCUGGCCAUAGUUUUUGGUAACGUGCUGGUGAUUACAGCCAUCCUGCGGUUCCCGCGGCUCCAGACAGUCACCAACCUCUUCAUUGCCUCACUGGCUAUUGCUGACCUUAUCAUGGGUUUGGUUGUGGUCCCCUUUGGUUCCAGCUACAUCAUGCUGGGAGCCUGGCAGUUUGGAAACUUCAUGUGUGAAUUCUGGACAGCAACUGACGUGCUGUGUGUGACGGCUAGUAUCGAAACCCUGUGUGUGAUUGCUCUGGACCGCUACCUCGCCAUCACCUCUCCGCUCCGCUACCCAACACUACUCACCAGAGGCCGGGCCUUUGCGGUGGUCCUUGGGGUUUGGGCAGUGGCCUCCCUCAUCUCCUUCCUGCCCAUCCAUCUGAAAUUGUGGGUGUCAGAUAAUGCGGAGGCUCUUCAGUGCUUGGCCGACGAAUACUGCUGUGAUUUCAACACCAAUGCAGCGUACGCUGUGUCUUCCUCAAUUGUCUCAUUCUACUUGCCACUGGUGGUGAUGAUUUUCCUGUACACCCGCGUCUUCCAGGAGGCUCAGAAACAGCUGGAGAAGAUCAGAGGGAGGGAGAGACACUUCUAUAACUUGCAUUACAUUGCACAGCUGACUGAUCCCGAUGAUAGUCUUGCAAUGAACAAACACAGGGCAGGAACUGAGGCAGGGGAGGACAGACUAAACAUGCAGAAAACAGGAAGAAUAGACACUGGUAAGGAGGAAAGGUUAGGAGAGAGCAAAGCAAGGACAGAAAAAGGAGAAGGAAAAUACUCUGCCACAAAGCGUCUUAAGUUCUGUCUUAAGGAGCACAAGGCUGUGAAAACUCUGGGGAUUAUCAUGGGAACCUUCACAUUGUGUUGGCUUCCCUUCUUCAUCCUCAACAUCCUCAUGACCUUCCUCAACUUGGGCAACAUUAAGCUGCUCUUCAGACUCCUCAACUGGCUAGGGUACUCCAACUCAGCCUUCAACCCACUCAUCUACUGCCGCAGCCCCGACUUCAGGCAUGCCUUUCAGGAGAUACUCUGUUUGAGGGGCAAAGGGGGGAGCUGCAGAGGUAGGAGAGGAUUGGGAUGGUGCAGGGAGAGAGAUUGUUACUCCAAGCCUCCAGGUAGGAUGAAUGGGAACUCAGACCUGCAUGGUGUUAGGGGGCUGGACGUUCAGCAGAGGUCAGGGUGGAAGGGCAGUUUGGCAAUUCGAGACAACUCACUAACUCCUUCAAAGUCUUGCUGUGAGCAGGUUUUAGAAGUAGCUCCUGGUUCCCCAACAAACUGGCAGGCUAACAGUUCUGCUAAUGAGAGCUGCAAGGACAGUCUGGCUUCUAUUGCUUGACCAAUUAGGAUAUUAGACUUUACAUUCUGUGUGCAUAGCUGUGCAGUAAACAGCAGUUUGAUGAAGCUCAAAACAUUUGUUUUUUGUGGAGAUUGACUCCAGGCUGUAGCUUAUAGUGUCGUUAACUAAUAUUCCAUUAGUUGUGUUUUGGUCAAUGUUACUGAGGUUUUACUUGUGAUCACCUCUUUGCUGCUGCAGCUUUCCUAAUAACAAUGUAAAUCACAAAGGCAGCUACAUAAGUAAACCAUGUUCAGCAGUGAGCUUUGAAAGAGGGCCGACUUAAACCUCUAAUUGAAAUUUUAAGGCAUCAUAAUGUCACUUUUUGAGAAAUGAGGAAUGAGGCGGAUUUACAACAACACAAUGCAAAAGUCGCUGCCUCAAAAAUAAUGAUAAUCAAACAACAGACACAGAAAAACCGCUUUAAUAAAAUGAAACCAAACAUUAUGAUCUUCACCAAACUGGUCCUUACAACAGAGCUCAGAUCAUUGGAAGAUGUUUCUGUUAUUCUGUCCACCCCGCUGAUUAUACCAACUGGAUAACAGAAAGGUGAUGUUAUAAUGUACUGUAUAUGAUGCUACUGAGAUACAUGACAAAAAGAAGUUAAUCAUUAAAGGACAUUACUGCUAUUACAUGUGUCACAGUAAGUAAGUGGAACGGUUUUAAUGACUGCUUGAUAAUAAAAUAUUGUACAUGGUCAUGCAUACCAAAAUGAUCCUUUUAUUAAAAGCAGUCAAAAAGUUGCUGUUGUUUAGAAGUGUAGAAAAAUGAGCCAUUGGCCAGAAGGUUGCUGGUUCAAAUUCCUGAAAAUUAUGCACCUCGUCUCCUCACAACUACAGUUAAAGUGCCAUUACUCAAAGAUGUCACAGCGCAAAGUGCUUCACAUCUACUGGACUGGAGGUGCUGUGAAUGUGUAGCUGUUCAAAAAUACUAUUUUACAAUUAGAAAAGUAUGGAUUAUAACUCCUUGUGUAUUCAGAUCAGUUUUCAUGACUGAAAUUCACAUGAGAAAAUCUCCUGCAUUUUCUUAAAGCCUCUGAAAACUAGUUUUUCAAGUAUUUCUCUACAAUAUAAAGUAUUCAUGACCUAAUAAGCAACAGUCAAAGGACUGUGUGGGUGUGCUUUGAUCAUAUUUGAUUGACAGUGAUGGUAAAAGCCCGUCAAAUGUCAUCAGAUUCAUAAUCAAAUGUUGAUACAUUCUCAAUGGUGCAUGAAAGUAUGUGGCAUCACCUUUUUCUAACUAAGCCCCGCCCACUUCAAAACCAAUAAGAAGAGCAGAGAAAAUAUUCACAAAUUCAGAGACUGUCCUCCCCCAAAAUACAGCUGUAUAAGGUGUCUAUGCAAGCAGCUAAUUACGACCCAUAUUUACGGUUUACCAGCCGUUUCACAACGUUAACCACAUGUUUAUUAUUGUUACAAAGACGCAGUACACCUGUGACUGGUUUUCUCCACAUACGUCAUUUUUAGAGUGACUGGCAAACAACCUGUUCCGUCGUUUAGGUAUGAGGACGUGUUGGAAAUCUAUCUUGUGAAAUAACCAAUGAACUGUUCUAUCUUUGGCAGAAGUGUUCUUGCAGGAUCCCAUCCUUCAUAGUAAGAAGUUUUCAGAUCCUUUAAGAUGAAUUUUAAAGAACAACUAGAUAUAAUCUUGCAAUACUUCAUCAAUACAACAACUUCCUAUGGCCAAGCUACCACAUUAUUGAAUAUUUUUAUAUCAGGUAUUUUCUACUUAAACCCUCAAGGCAGGAAGCAUAAGUAGCCAACCUUGUCUGCCAAUGCAAGCAUCCAGAACCUCCAUGAAGCAGCAGAGAUUAAACUUUUUGUUUGCCCUAUGGCUAAAAGUCUUAUUUGAAACAAAGGGUCUCAUUUGAGGCUUACUUGCAAAAACCUCCUCAGAUUAUCAACAGCCCACUUGUUUUUCAUUCCUUCCUGAUAAACCUCAUAGCUGGUCCAAAAUCAUUUACUGACAUAUAUUUGUGCAUCAGAUAAACAUCUAAGACCCAAACUUGUGACUAUCAUUACUCCUUGCUUUCUUUCAUCACAUAUGCACUGGAACUAUUUUCCCUCACUCUCUCUCCUCCACAUCAACAUCUAGCCACUCUUUCCUUCCAUCCUGUCGGCUUUAGCUCUGUUAUACAAAGAACAUUGUCAGACAGAGCUGGGGAGAUAAUUUUCAUGCAGUGGGACUGUUUCCAUAACAGUGUCUGUUACACUCACUGUAAAAACACAGCAGUCAUAUUAGACAUAUUUCAUGUACUUUUUACAUCACUCAGAAACUUGAUUGAAGCGAAACUGUGUUUGGAUUAGUUUUAUUAUUUAUUAUUUAUCAUUAUUUUCCAAAUUCAAAGUGAUGAUGAUAAAGUAGCCCACACUCAGUAUAUCUAUAAAUACUCCAAGUGGACAAAUUAAAAUCUGAAAAUGAUCUCCCCAGCCCUGCAAUUUAUAUGUUGUGUUAAAAUUACAACUGAACAAGGUAUUGAGGGUCAAUAAUUGGCAAUGGUAUUGUAAAUGUGUGUGUGUGUGUGUGUGUGUGUGUGUGUGUGUGUGUGUAUGUAUGUAUCGAUCUGUAUGUUUGUUCUGUGUACUUGUGAUGUGAUUAGUGCUGUUUGUGUAUUUUAAAGCUUGAAACAUGCCAUUUGAUAUUUUUACUGUAAUGUGUAAUAUGUAUGGAUGAGACUUGUAUGAGCUAACAGUUGAAAAAUACUGUACUAAAAUACUUUUGUGUAUUUUUUUUUUUUCAAAUUCAGUAAUUUAUCUGGUCAGAAAAGAACAAUGCUAGGAGUUGUUUUGUAUCAUGUCAGUUAAUAUAUGUGGACAUUUGAUCACAGAGUUUAAGCAGCACUGAGACAUGAGUCUACACUCAAAAAAAGUGAUUUGUUAUUUUACAAGAUAAAUCUGAAACUGAAACAAAAUGUUAGUUUUCAGAAGUUCAGCUUUUCACCAGAGGAAUGCAUUCUAUUUUCUACCUCCAUCAGAGUCACAUGAAUGUCAUCUCAUCUCUGUACAUGUUUUUGCCUUGUUUUUGUGAGUGAAAGAAUUACAUUUGACUUGGUGAUGUGCUUAUCAAUAGAAUUACACUACUUCUUAAGUUACUAGUAAAUCCAAGUGUUCAUUGUCGCUUGGCACGUUAGUGCUACUUGUUGUUGUAAUGAGCCAAAGUCUGUCGACUGUUGUUGGUCAACUGUUGUUGGCAUUUUCACAAGGCCAAAUGUGAGCACUUGUUUCUCUGAGAAACUAUCUCUCAACAGAGGAGGAGGUCUGCGACAACAGUUAUUCCCAACCCUGUCCCUGUCCUUUCAUUCCUUCCUAGGAGAUUGAACUAACUCACAUUUUGGGCUCAUGUGUCAGUGACAAUGCCAAAUACAGACUUGGCUUUUGGUGACUCCAGCGAGCAUAACAACUGUCGUUACAACAGCUAAGAGCAGUAACGAACCAAGUUGUAUGUGUAGGUACCAAACCUGGGCUGCCUGCCGGAUCUCUACCUGCACAUGUGCAAAAGUGGUGGUCUGUCAAAGAAGGUUACCACAAAUGUGCUGGUUCAUAAUUACUCGUGGGUUGUUGUCUGUUCUAAUCUCAGGGCGUCAAAUACUGACGCUUUCAGAAAGGCAUUAUUUGAUGCAAAAGGUACCCUUCAGCGUCCGUAUGAGAUGCCCCUUGGCGUGUCUGUAUCAGACGCCCUGUUUAGACUGGAAGCGCUAGUAGCUAGCUAGGUAGCUAGCUAUGUUAGUAUAAAAGGUGUUGACAGCUUUCCAAAACCCCUUACUCUUACCCUAACCAUCACAGGGGUGUGUGCCUAAACGGAUCCGGCAGGCAGUACGGAUUUGGCACUGACAGUAUCCACCACCUUGUGGGGUCGUUCCCCACAGAUGUUAAAAACCUGGGAUUCCCUGCCAGUCAGCCAGAAAUGAAGAAGCCUCUUGGAUAUUUGCCACAAAAUGCUCUUAGUCAACAAAUAACAUGAGAUGGGGAAAUGUGAAUCUCCACACACUGCAACUUUAACCUUUUUAACUAAACCCGUGGGACUGAGGCUGUUUGUGUUUAUUUAGUUAUCCAAGUUAUUCAUGAAGACUCAACUUGUCUGUUUGUAUUAAAGUUAAAGUGUGCGUGUGAGUGCGAGGCAUGACAUACAGCGACAGGUGCAGGCUGUCACAGCAGCUACGGUAUCAGCUGCCACAGAGGAAAUACAAUCAGCUAUACUGCCUCAAUACACACAUACAGCUUUACAGUUUGACAUGAAAACUCACUGUGUGUGUGUGUGUGUGUGUGUGUGUGUGUGUGUGUGUGUGUGUGUGCGUGUGUGUGUAUGUGUGUUUGUGUGUGUGCGUGCGUACGUGCAUGUGUGUGAAUGUGACCUGUUUCCAUGGAACACUUUAGUUAUGUUAAGGUAAAUGCACACUAUGAUGCAAGCCUUUUUGUUGUGUGUCCUGUAUGUUAGCUGUAUCUGUUACUGUCGUGGUUACUGUCUGUUUUUUCAUGUGUGUUUGUUUUUAGUAUUAAAACAUGCAAUCUGAUGGUA